UGCGUGUGAGCUGAUUCAGGACCCUCUUAAUAAAGAAGGAUUAGCAAAUAGCGGCAGAUCAUAGAUUUCUCGUUUAGAAUGGGGCUUGUUAAGCAAAGGAUGCUCGUAUUGCUUGUAGUUUAGACGGCAUAGGAAAAGGCAGAUGCUGUCUGUGUAGUAAUUGUUGCACGGUGCUUUAUUUAGUCUUUGUGUAGUUUAUGCGGCUGGCCGUUGUCAAAAGAAGUUUGCUCGGAUUCUUUGGCGAUAGACAAUGAACUCUUUUAUGCGACAGCAUAUCUUAAGACAUUCAAUGAAGAAGAGUAGAUUCACUAAUUCAUCUGUCUUUUACGGGCAAACUUAUCAUGCAGACGUACAAAUAUCUGCUCAGAUGUGAGCAUCUCAAUUCUACCUUUCUCUUCAAGUUCAGUCUCAGUCAAAGCAACAGCCAUCACACACAAUGACAUCCAGACGCUCCCAGUUCGUCACAGAGAUCCCUCCUGGAACUUACCUCCAAGACCCAACAUACGUUUACACAGUUCACCCUGCUCAGACUCAAGAUCCGUUCCGAAACGUGCCUGUUCGCACGGCCGAAGACUACAGUCAAAUGUAUCCUCCCUCUUCUACUGCAACAAACGUCUUCAUUCCUGGCUGCUGCCGUCAUCGCCGCCGUGCAUCUCGGCACUCAAAGACCUACGAAAGCGAUGGUUCGACCAAAAGCUAUGCUUCUUACGAAGACGUCCAGCCUGCUCCGCCUAUGGAUCGUCUCCCACCACGCAUCGCUCUGAAACAACUCUCGGAUUUUCUUCACGAAGCUAGUGUCUUCUACAACACGCAACUCAUGGACUUUACACGUGAGCAUCAACGUCAAGGCCACGACACCUCCAACGAAGCUCUUCGACAGUGGCUCUGGAACGACUGGACCCGAUCUCGCGAUAACCCGACCCGUGAGAACUUUACAUCUACAAAGGCGAGCAUUACACUCUUGCUUCGUCAGGUCGAAACCGCUGUUGCUACUCCUUGGCUGGAGAAUGCGAACCUAAACGCCAGAUUUGACUUCAGCUACAAGGCUCUGAAGAGUUCCUGUGAUGAGAUUGUCAGAUUGUCUAGCAAGGUCAUGAGCGAUUGGCAAACUUGUCGAUUUCUGGCUGUUGAGCUCAAGAAUGCUCGUGUUUAUGCCAACCCGGAGGGACCUGUUCUGAGACAUUUGUUUGUAGGAUGGGAGAAGGGCGAGCCUUGGUGAUCCUGAAAAGAAAGGGAUUUGUUUAUGUUGCUAGAGUUGUUUCUUUUCUUUCUUUUGUUGUAUGUUCUUAUGUGUUUGGUUGGAGUUUACCAGGAUGAGAUGUUAUCUCUUGCACAGACAUUGCUAGGGCGACCAAUCGGGAAGACGGUGGAGUUUGAGGUUGAUAGCCCCCUUUCC